UGUGUGUGUGAGUGAAUGAGUGAAUACUCCUUGUACACAAACUGCUGGAUGAACGUAUAGGCCUAUUCGUUGUAGACUGCACAGAUGGAUAGCUAGAGGCUGCAGUUUACGUAAUACAAGAAAUGUCUUGGCCACUGGCCUUGACAAUUUGGUGAAGUGGCAUGUCAUGAUGGGUCAGGACUCAGGACAUUCGUAGUGGGAUAUCUCUCAGCCUCUCCGACGCAGCCAAGGCAUUUUUCAAGACGUCAAAUAGCUGUUAAUGCAUGCAGGUAGCCUACUGGUUUUUAAUACAGCAGCCGUUUAGGAUUUGCUUAACCUAUGUGAGAGCCUAGUUUACAAGCGACAAGUGACACAGUUCUUGGCAAUUGGCUACCAUCGUAGACGACGGCAGUUAUCAAGUUCUAGUUAAUUAUUAAACGUGUGGCCGGCAGGAGAGGAAGCCUUCAAAAUCACAUCGGAUAUGUUACCAAAAGGACUAUGGAAGGAAUCACCUAUGGAAAGACAAAUGAAGCACCUAAUGGGAGGUCUCUGUAUGGGCUGUACCCCUACAAGUCCAGUAUGAUUGGGCUGGAGGCUCUGUCCGACCCGUCUCUGGACUGGGACAUCGUGGAGACCAUCGGCAAAGGCACCUACGGCAAAGUCUACAAGGUCAACAACCGCAAGGACGGCAGUCAGGCGGCCGUCAAAGUCCUGGACCCCAUCAAUGAUGUGGAUGAGGAGAUCGAGGCGGAGUACACCAUCCUGCGCUCCCUCUCCAACCACCCCAAUGUGGUCAAGUUCUUUGGCAUGUUCUACAAAACAGACAACCUCUCAGGUGGACAGCUCUGGUUGGUUCUGGAGCUGUGUAAUGGAGGCUCAGUCACAGAGUUGGCCAAAGGUCUGCUGAUGCGUAGCAAGCAUAUGGAGGAGCCCGUCAUCGCAUACAUCUUAUGUGGGGCACUGCUGGGUCUCCAGCAUCUCCACAACAACAGAAUAAUCCACCGUGACGUCAAGGGCAACAAUAUCCUCCUGACCACAGACGGUGGAGUCAAGCUGGUCGACUUUGGUGUGUCCGCCCAGCUCACCAACGCCCGUCUGAGACGGAACACUUCAGUGGGUACACCCUUCUGGAUGGCACCAGAGGUGAUUGCAUGUGAGCAGCAGUAUGACUACUCGUAUGACGCGCGCUGUGACGUCUGGUCACUGGGCAUCACGGCUAUCGAGCUGGCGGACGGUGACCCCCCGCUGGCCGAGAUGCACCCCGUCAAAGCCCUCUUCAAGAUCCCACGGAACCCAUCGCCUACUCUGCGCCAGCCAGAUCAGUGGUGUAGGAGCUUCAGUCACUUCAUAGCCCAGUGCCUAAUAAAGGACUUUGAGACGCGGCCGUCCGUCACCCACCUGCUGGAGCACCCGUUCAUAAAGCAGGCUCAUGGCCAUGACUCCAGCCUGCGCAAGCAGCUCUCCGCACUUAUCAAGGAGCAGCAGGAGCACGGCUGCAGGAGGAGGACCAGGCACGAGAGGAUUAACACGCGUAAGACGCUCAUCAUUGAAAGCAGUCCUGAUGAUGACCUGGUGAAUCUGGAGGUGCUCGACGAGGAAACGAUUAUUAGUCAUCUCCAGAGGAGGUAUGGAGAGCUGCAGAUCUACACAUAUGUGGGGGAUAUCCUCAUCGCUCUCAACCCCUUCCAGAGCCUCAGCAUCUACUCCCCACAGUUUUCCAAGCUGUACCAUGGAGUCAAGCGCUCAGAAAACCCCCCACACAUCUUCGCCACGGCAGACGCAGCUUACCAGAGCAUGGUCACCUUCAGCAAAGACCAGUGCAUCAUCAUCAGUGGGGAGAGUGGGGCAGGGAAGACAGAGAGUGCCCACUUGAUCGUCCAGCACCUCACCUUUCUAGGAAAGGCCAACAACCGCACACUGCGGGAGAAGAUCCUCCAGGUGAACCCUCUGCUGGAGGCCUUUGGGAACGCCUGCACGGCCAUCAACGACAACUCCAGCCGCUUCGGCAAGUACCUGGAGAUGAAGUUCACCCCCACCGGCGCCGUCAUGGGCGCCAAGAUCUCCGAGUACCUGCUGGAGAAGUCCCGAGUCAUCAAACAAGCAGCAGGAGAGAAGAACUUCCAUAUAUUCUACUACAUCUAUGCUGGCCUGUACCAUCAGGAGAAACUGAAGAAGUACAGACUCCCAGACAAAACACCACCAAGGUACAUUGGCAGUCAGAAUGGGAAGGUGAUGCAGGACAUCAUCUCCAGCAAACUCUACAAGGAGCAGUUUGAUGCCAUCCAGGACUGCUUCAGGAUCAUAGGGUUCACUGAAGAGGAGGUGAACUCAGUGCACAGGAUCCUGUCUGCCAUCAUGAACAUGGGCAACAUCCAGUUCACCUCCAUCACCUCCCAGCACCAGACAGACAAGAGCCAAGUGCCCAACUCAGAAGCUCUAGACAAUGCUGCCGAUCUCCUGAGCAUCGGAUCGGAAGAGCUGCAGGAAGCUCUGACGUCCCACUGCGUGGUGACGCGCGGCGAGACCAUCAUCCGCACGAACACGGUGGACAAGGCCACCGACGUGCGCGACGCCAUGUCCAAGGCCCUCUACGGACGCCUCUUCAGCUGGAUCGUCAACCGCAUCAACACCCUGCUCCAGCCUGACACCAACAUCUGUGCUGCAGAAAGUGGGAUGAACGUGGGCAUCCUGGACAUUUUCGGCUUCGAGAACUUCAAGAAGAACUCCUUCGAGCAGCUCUGCAUCAACAUCGCCAACGAGCAGAUUCAGUUCUACUUCAAUCAGCACAUCUUCGCUCUGGAGCAGAUCGAGUACCAGAGCGAGGCAGUGGACGCCAGCCAGGUGGAGUACGAGGACAACCGGCCCAUCCUGGACAUGUUCCUACAGAAGCCCAUGGGCCUGCUGUCCCUGCUGGACGAGGAGAGCCGCUUCCCACAGGCCACAGACCAGACACUCGUGGACAAAUUUGAGGACAAUCUGCGCUGCAAGUACUUCUGGAGGCCGAAGCGAGUGGAACUGUCCUUUGGGAUUCAACACUACGCUGGAAAGGUUCUGUACAAUGUGAACGGGUUCCUGGAGAAGAACCGGGACACGCUCCCAGCGGACAUCGUGGUGGUUCUAAGGACCUCUGAGAACAAGCUCCUCCAGCAGCUCUUCUCCAGUCCCCUCACCAAGACAGGUAAUCUGGCCACAUCCAGAGCCAGGGUCACUGCGGCCUCCAGAUCUCUGCCCCCACAACUCAACAACACGCGCAAUAAGUCUCCCAAAUACCUGCUGAAGGUGGAUACCAUGGAGGUGAUGCGACAUCCUGAGGAGACUACCAACAUGAGGAGGCAGACUGUGGCCUCAUACUUCCGUUACUCUCUGAUGGACCUGCUGUCCAAGAUGGUGGUGGGGCAGCCCCACUUUGUGCGCUGCAUCAAGCCCAACGAUGACCGCCAGGCGCUGCGCUUCUGCACGGAGCGCGUCAUGGUCCAGCUACGCUACACCGGCAUCCUGGAGACCGUCAACAUCCGUCGCCAGGGUUACUCCCAUCGCAUCCUCUUUGAGGAGUUUGUGAACAGGUAUUACUAUCUUGCGUUCAGAGCUCAUCAGAUGCCAGAGAGCAGUAAGGAGAAUGCCAAAGCCAUCCUGGAGAAGGCCAAACUGGAGAACUGGGUUAUUGGAAAAACCAAGGUGUUCCUGAAGUACUACCACGUGGAGCAGCUGAAUCUGAUGGUGCGGGAGGUGUUGGCCAGAGUGGUGGUGCUGCAGGCCUACACCAAGGGCUGGCUGGGGGCACGCCGCUACCGCCGCGAGAGAGAACGACGCUGCCAGGGAGCCACCGUCAUACAGAGCGGCUCGGCGACCCAGAGGAAAGGUUCGGCCGCGGACAAUAACCGCAUCCUGAAAGACCAGGCUCAGGCUGACAGGGCCACUGCUGACAGGCAGGCCAGAGCAGGCAGCCUUGACAAAGGAGGAGGAGGUGGAGUGCCAGGCGUCCUCCUCAGAGACCAGCAGAAUAAACAAGGUCCCCUGCUGAAGCUUCACCAGCGAACUCCUCGCAGACGAGGACAGCAGCCCAAAUUACUCAACAGCCCUGAAGACAGCCUGUACUACAACCAGCUCAAUCGCGCUCUGGAUUAUCAGGGGAGCAAGAGGAAGCCGAGGAAACUUGGGCAAAUCAAAGUGCUGGACGGCGAGGACGAGUACUACAAAUUACUGUCUGCUGUGGACUCCAUCCCCGAGGAGGACUUUGCCACGGCAACCCCUCCCACGUUGUCACGGGAGCCCCUCAUCACUCAGACCUGAGCCUCAGGUCCGCCUGUCAGCUGGUUGCCUUUAGUGACCCUAGGAAGACUAACCACUGCCUCUUGAAGCCAUUCAGAUCUUCCUAUUUAUUUGGCCAUGUUUGUCAGAAACUGUUUUUGAGGUGCUGAUCAUGAACUGAAAUCUAAUAGAGUGAAUAGCAUGUAGUCUCAUUAUUUAUGUAAAUAAUAUUUGUAGUUUUCAUAUGUGGACAUUUUGUUUUACUGAUUAUUAUAUAACGUCAUCUCAAUUAACAGGGAAGACUGUAAAUAUGAUAUUACAGUUUGUACAUCUUUUUCUAAUUUGUUCUAUUUUCAAGACAACACAACUGGAUGUUCUUUAUUUUCUUUGUGUUUAGCAAGAAUUAGAUUGGCGAAAUUAUGUAGAAAAUAUAAUGCUAUUUUGCCACAACAUAAUUGUUUUAAUUGUAUUGCUGUUAAGUCUCUCAAUCGUAGAAUUGUCCUAACACAGAAGAGCACAUUGUUGUUUUGUACUCACACGCUGUAAUAAAGUUCAUUCAAACCA